AUGUCUAAAACUACAUCCGAAUCAAGUUCAACAUCGGAAUGCGCAAUAUUUUCUCGAAGUGGCUUGGAAAACCUGAGGAACAUGGACGUCGAUCGGAUGAGGAAGUGUGUUUUGAUGAAUGACAGCGAGUUCGUUGAUUUCUUGAGGAGUUUGGGUAUUGCACUUGACGAACGAAGGCUGCAUCAUCGGAAUCCCAGCACAGACAUCUUGUACUGGAUAGAACGGGAUCCUAUCAUGAAACCAAAGCAGGUAAGGGGUUUGCUUUAUGUUGCAAAUUAAAUUAGGGUUUGUCAAGUUUCAUUUUUGUAAUACCCUGUCAUUUUGCCUGAUAAUUGACUUCUUUGAUGGAUAACGUAAAUUUAAAUAAAAUUGUGCAAGUUUGAAAGCUUAAUUAAGUUUUUUAUUGUAGAUAUUUCUUUUAUCGUAUCUCUGGACCCUUGAAAAGCAUCACACGAAGCCGCUGGAUAAGUUACUGCCAGUUCACGGGCCUUGUGGCGAUAUCAUUGAUGUUGAUCAUGUAAAAUUGUGGCUUCAUCGAUUCACAGCGAUUUGCACACAAUGGCAUUUGAAAGUACCAUCUGAGUUCAAAGCAAAAGGGCCGGUUAAGAAGUUUGCGUCGGAAUAUUUGUGGAGGACAGUUUUUGAUGAAGAAGAUCGUUUUUACCAUCUUUGGGCUCAAAUAUUGCACUUUAGUAGAUGA